CCAUGACGUCAUUGUCUCGACUUCGCGGGGUGACGUCAAGUCGCGCGCUCUGAUUGGCUGCCGAGACCCUCCCCUCUUCCGAGUUUCAGGAUUGCGGGUGUGGAGAACUCCAGCUUUUGAAGAGCGGAUCCAGAUCACUUAAAAAUGUUAAAGAAAGUAGCGGUCGUUACAGGCGCCAACAAGGGCAUUGGCUUGGCCGUUGCGAAAGGGCUCUGCGGCAAGUGGACCGGAGACAUAUUAUUGACGGCGCGUAACGAAGAAAAUGGCCAGCGCGCCGUCCAAGCCUUGUCCACCUUGACUCACGGGGACCAAGAGGCAGUGUUCCAUCAGCUGGACAUCACUGACAAGAAGAGCAUCGACAGCUUCCAGGGCUUUGUGCGCGAGAAGUACGGAGGCAUCGACGUUUUGAUUAACAAUGCCGGCAUCGCGUUCAAAGUGGCUGACACGACACCGUUUGGAACACAGGCGGAGGUAACGAUGCAAACCAACUAUUUUGGGACGCUGGCGGUGUCGAAGGUUCUCCUGAAGCUGGUGCGCCCUGGAGGACGUGUGGUGAACGUGUCCAGUUUGCAGAGUAAACGCGCGCUGGCUGCCUGCAGCGCUGAGCUCCAGGCCCAGCUUCGCAGUGAAACGAUCACCGAAGAGGAACUCACCGAGCUGAUGAAUCACUUCGUCGAAGACGCAAAGCAAGGACGGCACCAAGACAACGGAUGGGCGAAUUCGGCCUACGGAGUGUCCAAAAUCGGGGUUACUGUGAUGUCACUCAUCCAUGCAAGAGAAUUAAGUCGUAAUCGACCGAAUGACAACAUCUUGCUGAAUGCUUGCUGUCCAGGCUGGGUGCGCACAGACAUGGCUGGACCAAAAGCCCCAAAGAGCCCCGAGGAGGGGGCGGAGACGCCGCUCUUCCUGGCGCUGUUGCCUCCGGGAGCCGGCGAGCCCCACGGGCGGUUUGUGAGCGAGAAGCAAGCGGAGCCCUGGUGAUUCACCACCCGGCCUCAUCAGGGGAAACGGCUUCAUCGCCACCCUGAUCUUCACAAUAAUCGCCGCAUAUUUUUCUGAAGCAUAAUAAUAUUUGAUAAAUUCUUAUGCACGCUGCGACCCUUCGUAAUAGUUGCGUAUAGUAAAUGGGAAAUUUGGGGAGGUUUUAUUUUAACGCCGGAGUCUUUGCUCGGGCGGGAAUGGGCCUCUGGUUGUAAUGUGCAGUGAUGCACCGUGUACCUCGCUCAUGGGAUCAGCAGGGAGCCUAUAAUCGUUUCUAAAAACCUGCAUGCAAUCUUUCUAAAACCCACACAAUUUAUUGCUUAAUUUGAACAAUGUUAACUGGAGAAAUUGCAUUUGAAGAAAUGGGAGCAAUUAUAAUUGAUCUUUUGAUUGUAUUGGUAAAACAUAGAAAAAUAAGCGCUUUAAAAAACAAUAAAUGCAUCGAACGCUC